AUGAACGCAACAGAUAUUUUCGCUUUCUUGUUCACUUGUGUAGUAACCUAUUCUUUGGUUUUUCCUCGUAUCCACACCCACGACGAAGUUAAGUUCAGAAUUGUUGGUGGUGUCGAGGGUAACAAAGAAAAAUUUCCUUACGUAGUGUCUUUAAGAGGCGAAAAUAAUAAUCAUCUUUGUGGUGGCACCCUCAUUAAGAAUGAAUACGUCAUUACUGCUGCGCACUGUGUAGCAAGAACACAGGCCCGCAGUUUGAUUGUUACGCCACUGGAUGGAUACGUUAUUUUGUCACUUCUCAAAACCGAAAUGCUCCCCCUGGUGGACAAGGUCCACAUUAAAUUAAGUCUGCAACCAAACCAGAAUCUAAGUAAACCUGUAUUCUACUACGGCAUCAUAGCGCGUUUAAUGGCGAUUUCUCGUUUCAACAGAUUCUGUCUUUUCGAGAGUUAUUUACCUCAGUCGUGA